AUGAAUAAUAGUAGUAAUAAUAUCAAUAUCAAAAGGGAUAUUUCGAGACAUGUUCCAUCAGAAUGGGACUUUUUUUUUGACUCAGACAAGGAAGGAGAAACAAACACAAAACAAAAUAUAAAAAAUCAAAAAAUUAGAAAAGCUUUUGUUUGUGGAAAUAGUUAUGGAGGAAAGUACCAUUUUGAUAAAGAUGCUCAAAGAGUUUCAGAUAUAUUGCAAGAUAAAUGUGGUUUUAAUUGUACUUUAGUUUUAAAUGAACCAAAUUUAAAAAAAUGUUUUGUUGAAUUUAUUAAUUCAUUCAAAUAUACUGAAACAAAUGUAGAUUUAAUUUUUUAUUUUUCAGGCCACACUGUAUCUAAAAAGAGUGGGUUAGAGUUAGAGUUAGAUAAAAGCAAUGAAACAUCACCUGGUUGUACUAGUAGUAAAAAGAAAAAAUCUUUUCUUUGUUUAAAUGAAUUGGUCGAUAUAGUCGAUUUAAAAGAAAAGGAUAUCGAGGUUAGUAAUUUAAAGGUAUCAGAUAUCCAAUUAUCUUUUAAAAAACUUUUUAUUUUAGAAUGUUGUAGAUUAAAUGACGAUGCCACCACUGACCAAUAUAUUUCAAUUUUAAAAAAAUAUCCAAGACCAGUCGAAUCUCAAUUCAAAGAAAGUAAAAAUACUGCAUUUUUAUAUUCAACAAAUUUAGGUAAAUAUGCAUCAGAAAGAGAUCCAUUAUCAACAUUUACUGAAUCUUUAGUAGGAAGAAUGACAAGUAAAAGAGCUCCUGGUAGAGAUCUAAAUACUGUUAGUGAAAUCAUUCAAGAGGACUUGUAUAGUCAAUAUAAAAAAAGCAAUUUUUUAAAUCCCAUUGAUUAUAAUCAACAAUAUAAAAUUUGGUUUUCAAGUUUAAAUAUGUUUAGCUUGGACAUCUCUGGAAGUGGAAGUACCCAAGAGGAAAAGUUAGCAUCUGAAUUUGUUCAUAACUUAUUUGAAAAAUUUUUAAAAGAUAAAUUUUAUUGUUUCUUUGGUGAUACUGAAUCAAUGGGAAAAUUCGUAUUAGUAGAAAAUGAAGAUCCAUUAGAAGUAAAGAAAAAGCAAAAACAACAAUACUUAAAGAAUCGUAGAUGUGCAUCUCCAUCCCCAAGUGGUUCGCCUCUAUUAAAGCUUCCAAAUGGUAUUGAUAGAGGUUCUCCAUCCCCAAGUGGUUCACCUCUUAUAAAAUCAUCAAGUGGAGUAGAAUUAAAUAAAUCCCCAAGUCUUUUUUCUGGUAGUAAUGGAAUGCCUCCAUUGUGUGGUAACUCGCCAUCAUCAAGAUGUUCAUCUCCAAGUUGGGCUAUCGGUAUUAAUAUUUCAAAAUCUGCACCAUGCAUUCCUUUAAGUCAAUCACCAAAACUAUUAGUACUGGGUAUCAAUAAAAAUACAAAAUUUCAUAUUAAUGAUGUAUCUCAAGGCAGUACCGAUGAAGAUGAAGAAUUAACAAAUAUCAAUGGUGGGGGUGGUGGUGAUUCAUCUUCUUCGUUAUCACCUUCUUUAAUGGGAAAUAUGGAAAAACCAAUCAACCUUUUGGAAAGAAUAGAGAAUCAAUUAUCAAUUAAUAGUUGCGGUGGUAGUGGUGGUGGGUACAUCGGUAAUGACGAAGAAAUUGACUCAUCCUCUAAUAAAAAUUGGAGAGUAUUUACUCAAUACAAUAAAAUUGAAAACACUUUAAUCUAA